AUGCCGUCUCACAAGAAAAGUACCGAAUCUACCUCGGCAGGGGGCACGCGACCUACGAAGGAGUCACAGACUAGGAAGUCACGAAUUUCUUCGCCGAUCAGGUUUAUUUUGGUCGUGUUGAGCAGCUUGGCUCUCAGCUCCGGACUCUUUCUUCUUACGUCUGGAAUUCACCUGGACGAACUCCGGAUUGUGAGCAAGCCUUUGGACUCGCCGUGGGAAAUUGGUAGUCUGUUGGCGUGGAGGGCUGUCGAGGUUGGUUUAGCUUGGUUGCUUGGAUAUGAUGGACGCGAUGUGCUGUCUUUCAUUUUUCUCACCCACCUCCCUACUUACACUCUCCUUUCCUCUUUCUACAAGAUCCGUCCUACGACCAUUCUAGUCGCUUAUGCUAUCACUCUAUUCUCGAACACCAUCCCAUUUGCCUUCUUCCGCCGUUCAGCUUCUGUUCACGAUCUUGCCCGCGCCCCGUCGAGCGCAGUAUCCAACCGCAACAUUCUCCAAGACCGUCCUACGGCGAUCUAUACCACAAUCGCCGCGACUUCCAUUUUCACCGUUACGCUAUACGUCAGCUACGUGACCUGGCUUCCGGCUCAACUCGUGGUGCACUUCGAAAACAUUCCGGACAUCAGCUUGACACAUGCCGGUCCUGCCGGUUUGCCAGUGCUGUUCUUCAGUCUUCUUCCCGCUGGCUGGGCGGCUAAGGACUUCCUCUUUGUGAGCUCAGCCGGUGCAACGAGUGUCUCUGACCCUGGUUCUGAGAAAUCGCGGUCGCAACAAGGAGAGUACCUUGCUUGUGCGUUUUAUCGCAAGACGUGGGGAGCAUUGCCCACUAAGGCGCGUGUGCUUAUCCAGCGGACGAUUACUUUGGCGACAGUCACUGUUGCGAGUACGGUCGUUCAGCUCGUGGGAACGAUUAAGGGUGCCAAUGUCGAGGGCGCGACUGCUUGGGGAGCCGUCUGGGCCAUUGCGACUUUGGCCGUGGGGCUGACGUUUGGGUGGAUUGAAGCUGUUGAUGGUGUAUAG